AUGGAGCUUGCAAGCGAAGAAGGUCACAAAAGUAGUCAUAUGUUCAUGUUUUGUAGCGCGCAUAGUGUAGGUCCUGCCGGUCUUCGUUGCUUCAAGCUGACACACUCUAGAGUGGUCGCUGCUGCGCUUGUACGCAUUGUUGAACUGACAAGGACCUCUGAAGCACAAGGUUCUACCCUCGAAGCGUGGUCCGUCGUUUUGUGCGCUCUUGUGGAAGAAAGUCUAGGUGUGGUUGCAGCAUGCAUACCAUAUUUGAAACCGUUCCUGGACAACUUGGAGUCUGGCAUGAUGAAUAACGAUCUGCUACGACGAGAGGGACUCAACGACCUAUAUGACCACUGCAGAUCGGGAGUUACUUUGACUCGAGAAGCAGAAGAUGCCGCGCCGAUCUUCGCACGAGCUAGAUCGCCCAACAGCUUUGAGCACGAUUCAUGGAGACAUGACAACAGCAUGUCCAAUGUCCUCAAAGCUGAUGUUAUCACAUGCAAUAAUGAUAUCGAAUCGAGCUUUAAAGGGAACGUUGAUGGACAGCCAAGGUGCACUACCAAUAUCAUCAGGAAGACCACAACUUUGACAUUGACUAGUGCGCCGUGUGAGUAA